UGCUGGCACAGGUGUCGCUCCCUUGUUCUGCAUGGCCGAGCAGGCCGCUUUGCACUCACUACAAAACACGCGCAAAUUCAUCGAUUAGCGUUAAUUCAGGAUGACUCUUUGUGGGAUUUUGGUGCUGCUUGUGUCGGUGGCGGCGCUGGCCCUUCAAGGCGUCGGAGCACGGCGGUGGGAUCCCAUCAUACGGCGGCCGACGGAGGAGAACGCCACCACGUGGGCGGUGCUGGUGGCGGGUUCUAAUGGCUUUGGAAAUUAUCGGCAUCAGGCCGACGUUUGCCAUGCAUACCAACUACUCAAAAGGGGUGGCAUCAAAGAUGAGAACAUUGUAGUUUUCAUGUAUGAUGACAUUGCGAUGAAUGAUCUAAAUCCUAGAAAAGGAGUUUUGAUCAAUCACCCGACAGGCGAGGACGUCUACGCCGGUGUUCCAAAGGACUAUACCGGUGAGCAAGUCACUGCGGAGAAUUUCUAUGCUGUAAUCCUAGGCAACAGAAGUGCUGUAAAAGGCGGAAGUGGUAAAGUUGUUGACAGUAAACCAGGAGACAGGAUAUUUAUUUACUACUCCGACCACGGUGGCCCCGGAGUGCUUGGGAUGCCGAAUAUGCCAUAUCUAUAUGCAAAGGAUUUUAUUGAUGUUCUGAAGAAGAAGCAUGAAUCUGGCACCUACAAAGAAAUGGUGAUAUAUAUUGAAGCGUGCGAGAGUGGAAGUGUAUUCGAAGGAAUGAUGCCCGAGGAUCUGGACAUCUAUGUGACAACGGCAUCAAAUGCUGAAGAGAGUAGCUGGGGGACUUACUGUCCUGGGAUGGAUCCCCCGCCGCCUCCCGAGUAUAUGACUUGUUUGGGAGAUUUGUAUAGCGUUGCAUGGAUGGAGGACAGCGAGUCGCAUAACCUCAAACGGGAAACUGUUGAGCAGCAAUAUGACCAGGUUAAGGAACGCACAUCUAACUACAACUCAUACAAUGCUGGAUCUCAUGUUAUGGAGUAUGGUAACAAAAGCAUCAAAUCUGAGAAGCUGUAUCUGUACCAAGGAUUCGAUCCGGCGUCUGAGAACUUCCCACCGAACCGAAUCAGUGCCAAAGCUAUGGGUGUCGUCAACCAAAGAGAUGCUGAUAUUAUUUUUCUUUGGGAAAUGUACAAUAGGUUGGAUGAUGAUACAGAAAAGAAGGCACAACUGCUAAAGCAGAUUACGAGCACAAUGCUGCACCGGAAACAUGUGGAUGGUAGCUUGGAGGUUAUCGGCGUGGUCUUAUUUGGCCCAGCAAAGGCUCCUCUCCUCAAAUCAAGUAGAGGUCGUGGUUUACCCCUUGUCGAUGACUGGGAAUGCUUGAAAUCAAUGGUUCGGGUGUUCGAAGAUCGCUGCGGCUCGUUGGCUCAGUACGGCAUGAAACACAUGCGAUCAUUUGCGAAUAUUUGCAAUGCUGGCGUGUCCCUAACCAAAAUGGAGGAAGCCUGUGUCGCUGCUUGUGGUGCUACAUCGACGUCGACCCCUCUAGUCUCAGUUGCGUAAAUAUGUACUGCACCUUGCUCAACUUGUUUGUUUCGUUUCCAUGUGUUGCAUUUGUAUGCCUUUACUACUUUAGAUCAUGUUUGUUACAUGAUGCAGAAAGAUAUAUAUAUGCUCAAAUGGUUUUUAAUUAGGAAAAAGUGAAUAUAUAGAAACUUUAAUAAUUUCAGUAAACAGAUGAUCGAAUUUGUUCAGAUGAGAUCUUCUAUUUCCCUGACUCAA